CCCGGCCCCUCCGUCUUGAAGGCUUCCCCGAUGGCGUUCAGCACCUCCUGGCAGCUGCUCUCGCCCGUGCAGUGGGCCAAGUGGACCUGGUCGGCCGUGCGAGGCGGCGGAGCCCCGGACCCCGAGCGGGAUGACCUCGACGCCGACGGGGAGAGGGGCCCAGUGCAGGAGGAGGAGGAAGAGGAGGAGGAGGAGGCGGCGGCGGCGGCGCAGGCGGAGACCAAGUCGCUGAGUCUCAGUUCGGAUUCGGAAGGCAAUUUUGGGACUCCUGAGGCAGAGACGCCGAUCCACUCCUUGGGGAAAGAGUUGGAAGAGCUGGAUCUGGAUCUGGAAGUCGGGUCCCCAGCAUCUCUGGAAGAUCAAUUUGUCUCCAAAGUGUUGGAGGAGACAUCAGCUUCGGCAGAGGAUGAAUUACAGGCUGACUCUGCAAUCGUGCCAAGCAGUGACCCAUUUAUAUCAAAAGCCCACCCUGGAAUUGACCAGGGUCCAUCCGUGUCUUCUUCUGCAUUAGAGGAGACAACUGUUGCUGAGAGGCUCAGUCCAGACUACACUUCGGGCACGCUGUCCCAAGAGGAGCAAAGGGACAUUUUGAAGGAAAGCCGAGAGAUCCCCAUUCAAGAGCCUUCAGAAGUCAAGUCAAGUGUUGAGAACAUUGCUAGUAACAAGAGCAAGCUCCCGAGGGCGAAACCAAUUGCUCUUCAAAAGAAAAUGGGGGGAGAGAACUCUGAGACUGAAGUGACCAUGGAAAGCCCCCCUAUUCCCAAAGCGACCUACCGCUUUGAUCCAGAGGAAUACAAUGAGACCGUGAACCCCUUUACCAUGGGAGGCUCCAAAUGUCCAAACUCUCCUCCUGCAUCUCAGCCAGGGGUUGAUCUUCCAAACAGUGACCCCAAGCAUCCCAGCUCAGCAGGAGCUGGAGAUGGCAAGACCCGGGCCACGAAACUAGAGUUUGAUUUUGCAGAAGGAGCAGAAAAUGUCGAGGCCAAGAAGCUUCCAGCAAGAAAAAUGGGGAGGAGGCCUAUCAGUAAGUUGUCUCCUAAGAGACAAAGAGGACCCACCGACCGGCCGGUUGUCGGUCCCGAGGACAGAGAGAAGACAAUAGCUCCUGAGGCACCAGUGGCACCUCUGACCAAGGCUACUCCCCCGGUGGACUCCAACCAGUGGGAUGAUCCAGCCUUUAACCCUUUUGUGGGCAGCUCUUCUUUGCAGGAUUCUCCCACACUCACGAAACGCUCAUAUCGUUUGGACCACGACGAUCCUUUCAAGCCGAGCACCAAGACUUUGUCCACCGUAGGAGCUGAUUCUUGUCCUUCCGCAGAGAACAGCCUCAACGAGAUCUUGGAGUCACAAGCACGAGAGGCCGCGGGGGAUGAUUUGAAGACAUGCUUGGUCCCACAGAGCUCCAGAUCACGUCUGAUAACGAGUGGCUGCAAGGUGAGAAAGUACGAAACUCAUUCCUUAGCCCUGGAUGCUUGCUCUCAGGAUGAAGAGGAGGCAGCACUUAUUUCCAAAAUCCCAGAUCUUCCCAAUCAGGACGGGCAUGCUACCGAUGAAGAGAAGUUGGCUUCCACUGGCCAAAAGCCAGCUGAGUUGGAGGUAAAAGGUGAGCCCGAGGAAGACCUGGAGUAUUUUGAGUGUCCCAAUGUGCCCGUGCCUACCAUAAAUCAUACGUUUUCAUCCCAGGUAGAAGGUUCUGAGAAAGAAUCUUUGUGCAGACUCGAAGAGAAGAAUAACUCAAGUGAUAUAUCAGUAAGCACAAGUAAUCCUGAACUAUGUUCUAUGGAAAAGGCUCCUGGAUGUGCGCCAGGCAGCACGAGAGGAGGGGCUGAAAGCCCCCUGGAUGCCAUUUGCCUCAGCGAAUCUGAUAAGACAGCAGUUCUGACUUUGAUCAGAGAAGAGAUUAUAUCUAAGGAAAUUGAAGCCAAUGAAUGGAAGAGAAAAUAUGAAGGAAGUCGACAGGAAGUUUUGGAAAUGAGGAAGAUUGUGGCUGAAUAUGAGAAGACAAUUGCACAGAUGAUAGAGGAUGAGCAGAGAACCAAUAUGACAUCCCAGAAGAGCCUUCAGCAGCUGACGAUGGAGAAGGAACAAGCCCUGUCUGACUUGAAUUCAGUGGAGAGAUCUCUGUCCGAUCUGUUCAGGAGAUAUGAGAACCUAAAGGGAGUCCUGGAAGGUUUCAAGAAGAAUGAAGAGGCCUUGAAAAAGUGUGCUCAAGAUUACCUCAAUCGAGUCAAGCAAGAAGAGCAGCGCUAUCAGGCCUUGAAAAUCCACGCGGAGGAGAAGUUAGACAAAGCCAAUGAGGAAAUUGCUCAGGUCCGUACUAAGGCCAAAGCUGAGAGUGCAGCUCUUCACGCCGGACUUCGAAAAGAACAAAUGAAGGUUGAGUCUCUUGAAAGGACCCUCCAGCAAAAGAACCAGGAAAUCGAAGAGUUGACCAAGAUCUGUGAUGAGCUGAUCGCCAAGUUAGGAAAGACCGACUGAGGACGUCUUUAAUCAUUUCUGGAGCGCCAUUCUUGGUUUUUCCCUGCUAUCCAUCUGUAUCUUCCAGCAAACAUCUUGCCUUAUUUUUUUUCCCCCUUCCAUCUUUUCCCCCUUCAACGGCAGCAAGAAAAAGCACAUGCUUCUGUAUCCAAGAACUGCCAUCUGCAAGAGGAGUGACGAUUGCUCUGUUUGUACCCAUUUCCUGCCCUGUAGACCCUCCCUUUCCUAUUCGGUAUUUUGCAGGCUCUCCUGACUGCAUGCAGCCAAUGGAUAGAAGCAGGAACGUGCGUUAGAGAUGGUGAUUGCUUUGCACGGAAGAGUUUCUGCACUUGGUUGAAGCUUUGGCCCACAGAAGCAGCUGUAUGAAUGCCGCAAGGACAGUCACCUAUGGGGAGCGAGAGCAGUGUUUGCAGAUGCUUCAGUCUGAAAGCCAGAAAUGCAGCUUAAUUGAAUCCAUGUUCCCCUGCAUGCACUAAGUACCGUCCCAGCAAGGACAUGAGUGGAAUACGACUUCAGCUGCCUCUGAAAGCACAAGGGGGGAAAGCUAAGGCAGAUGUCACUGUUCCUCAAGGGAAAAUGCCCAGAUGAAAAUGGAUUGGCGUUCCUGGGAGCACGGCAUCAUUGCAAAUUGCAAUCAGCCACGGAGAAAAGGAACUCAUCCCUGUCUUGCUUGACCAAGACGGAGCUUGAGGCGCCUUGAUUCAUGGCGGCGUAAGCUUUGUAGAUCUGAAAAUAUGGGCCACCAGAAAUCCAUAAGCCCUAAAAGGCAGAUUUCAUAGUCCUAAAAGGCCACAAGAUAUCAGAGUUUUGAGUUUAGUGGUUCUCCCAGAUGUGGGGCUGCCAGCUUGGGUGUUUGGGACACUGGAACCGGCCUAUCUGAAAAAGCACUUGGGAUGGGGAAGUUAAUAUAAGGUGCCAUAAGUCUCUUUAAGAGGCAUAGCCAGCUGGUUUGGGAUUUGUCUUAGUGCACUUUAAGGCAAGAGUGAGUGGACUACAAUUUCUCCCGAAGAGAACACACACAGAGUGAACUUGAGUGAAGAAGAGCAACUGUUAGAAAUCCCUAAACACACACACACACAACCUCCCCCUGCCCCACACACAGAUCCACACACAGACACAGCACAAACAUGCACACACGCACUCCAAUCAUUCUUUAGGUUAGCACUUUUUCUCUGUCCAGCCAAGAACAGGGAAUGGAACACAAUGGAGAGCAAGAGAAGAAGUAGAAGUCCAACCUCCUUGUGCCAAGGGCUGAUGACUAACCUCCUUCCCGGACCUCAUCAAGGUUCUCUGAGAAUUUGAUAUCAUUUCAGAACCUAAAAUG